AUGGUAAGGUACUCAGAAUUGGUGACACGAAAUCGUGCAUAUUUAAUGGCAUUUGCUACCUGGUUUCUUAGUGUCAUCUUUAUUUACCUAGCAUUUUAUACUCGAGCAUUAAUUUGUCGUUACAAUUGUGAACGACUUACCACCGAUAAUAGUCGUUACGGUCCAUUAAUGUAUUUAUUUUUUACGUUUUUUGUUUCCGCUUUUCCGGCUUUAUCAUCGUUUAUGGUUGCGCUCUAUUUAUUACACAUUGUUAGCAUUCAUAGGAAACAAAUUGCUGAAGAGCAAAAAUUAUACACAGCAAAUGGUAUAUGCAAGAAAAAUAAUGCAAUGAAAUCUGGAAUGCGUACAUUUUAUUUCAUUUUUAUUUCAACUUUUUUCACAAUUUUAACGCUAACACCAUAUCGUUUGGUGACACUGUACAGGACAAUCAUUGAUAAGGAUACAGUGAUAAGAACAUGCGGUAGUGUCUUUAUCAGUGUGCUUACCUACUAUGCGAUGGAUUUAAAUCCGAUUUUGAAUCCAUUAUUAACAGUCAUCAUUCUACCACAAUAUCGUUUACAAUGUUAA